ACCCCGUUGGUCCCUUUUCCCUUCUCGCCUGCACAGAGAGAAGAUGCCUGGAGUAACCGUGAAAGACGUUAACCAGCAGGAGUUUGUCAGGGCACUGUCUGCCUUUCUCAAAAAGUCUGGGAAAUUGAAGGUACCAGAAUGGGUGGACACUGUUAAACUAGCAAAACACAAGGAAUUGGCUCCAUAUGAUGAGAACUGGUUCUACACCAGAGCAGCUUCCACUGUUCGUCACUUGUAUCUCCGUGGUGGAGCUGGUGUGGGUUCCAUGACAAAGAUGUAUGGUGGCCGUCAGCGCAACGGUGUUAUGCCAAGUCACUUCAGCCGUGGAUCAAAGAGUGUAGCCAGGAGGGUGCUGCAGGCUCUGGAGAGCCUUAAAAUGGUGGAGAAAGACCCCAAUGGAGGUCGCAGGCUAACUCCCCAGGGACAGAGAGACUUGGACAGAAUCGCUGGACAGGUUGCAGCAGCAAGCAAGAAACAUUAAUAUCAUAAAUAAACUAAUAAACAUCCAGUUUCCAAAUA